CCCCGGAAGCGGAAGUGUGGGACCCGGGCUGUCAGAGUCGCGGUGUUCCUCGGUGGUCCCGAAGUCUAGGGAAAGUGUCUUUCGCUGCAUUCUUCGUGGCCGUGGAGCGCUUCCCCCCGGCGGGUGGGAGUGCAGAGCCGGAAGUGCGAGAUGAGCACCAUGUUCGCGGACACGCUGCUCAUCGUCUUUAUCUCCGUGUGCACGGCUCUUCUCGCCGAGGGUAUCACCUGGGUCCUGGUUUACAGGACAGACAAGUACAAGAGACUGAAGGCGGAAGUGGAGAAACAGAGUAAAAAACUGGAAAAGAAGAAGGAAACAAUAACAGAGUCAGCUGGGCGGCAACAGAAAAAGAAAAUAGAGAGGCAAGAAGAGAAACUGAAGAAUAACAACCGAGAUCUGUCGAUGGUCCGAAUGAAGUCCAUGUUUGCCAUCGGCUUCUGCUUCACCGCCCUGAUGGGGAUGUUCAACUCCAUAUUCGACGGUAGAGUGGUGGCCAAGCUGCCCUUCACCCCGCUCUCCUACAUCCAGGGCCUGUCUCACCGGAACCUGCUGGGCGACGACACCACCGACUGCUCCUUCAUCUUCCUGUACAUUCUCUGCACCAUGUCCAUUCGGCAGAACAUCCAGAAGAUCCUUGGCCUUGCUCCUUCGCGAGCUGCCACCAAGCAGGCCGGCGGGUUCCUGGGCCCCCCACCUCCCUCUGGGAAGUUCUCCUGAAACCAAGAGGAACCCUGUAAUUCCCGUCAUUUUCACAGAUGCUCACGUUAGAUUAGCAACGGUUUUGUAGCCAGACUUAGCACUUGAGCCACUUCCUAGUCUUGUUUCGAGACGCCAAGGAUGGGAUUUGGAGGAUGGCACCCAGCAGCCAAGCAGGACGGCGCCUCGGGCCCAGAGGAGGCCCCGCGCUCGGUGAGUGACCGCGGAAGUCUGGCGGCGCUCCCUGGAGGCGAAGCGGCCCUGCUGCGCCCGCACGGUUGCCCCCCGGGCCCGGCUGACCGUGCUCCCUGCUGGCCGUCCUGCCGGCCGCCCCGCGGGCGUUGGGCGGUCUGAGAGGAAAGGGCAGUUUUCCUUUCGUGGGUGACCCUUAAUCGGAAUCAAUUGUUAUGCGUGUUUUUUUAAGCCAAAUUUGUGACGUGCAAUCAAUAAAGAGGCCAAAACUGUAGCCG